CUCACUUACUUUUUCUGUUAUCAAGCGAUUUAAGGUCGGUUAUACUAUGGUACCGUUUCAUUUGAAGUCAUGGAUAGCGGUACAAAUAAUAUCAGUUAGCCUAGCAAGUAUUGAUGAUAAAAUACGGAGUCUUACAUCCACAGUGACACGAGAAAACUUUAGGCUGGAGGGGCAUUUGAUCGAAAGUGUUACUGUAGACAGUCAAAUAACAUGCAGCCAUUAUUGCGUGAAGAAUACUCGUUGCCUCUCAAUCAACUACAAAAAGUUCCAAACAGACCUUAAAGGACGCUGCGAGUUAAACUUUGCUGGUUUAUCAAAUGAUCUCGACAACAAGUAUCUGAUACCAACAAAAGAAUUCGUCUUCUCACAAAUACGAUGUCGCAAGGAGGAUGAAACGAGGUGCCCUAACAUGGAUAGAAUUCCGUCAGAUUUCUCACUUGAGUUUCCUGUUCGAAACGGCAAUGGUGUGGUCUAUAACAAGAAUAUGGAUAGGGUGCUUACUAAAUUUACCCUCUGUCUUUGGAUGAAAACGCAGAGUCAAGGAACUGUAUUCAGUUAUGCAUGGCAAAACAGAAUGAACGAAAUUAUCAUAAUAAACAGUCCCGAGCUGCAGCUAUAUGUUGGAGGUCAACAUACACCAAGAGCAGUCAUAUCCGUCCGUGAUGGUGAGUGGCACCAUGUAUGUGCCACCUGGCGGAAUACCGAUGGCCAAAACAAGAUCUUUAUCGACGGGAAACUAGAAGAAAAUGGUACUGGACUUAGUGCUGAUCAUAUAAUAGAAAAGGGAGGGGUCGUUGUAUUGGGUCAAGAGCAAGAUUCUCUCGGUGGUGGCUUCCAGGACAACCAAGCCUUAGUUGGUAAAAUUGCAAAUUUGAACCUGUGGGAUACCAUUCUUCCUCUCAAAGAGAUCGUAGAAAUGUCGAAAAAUUGCUUCUCAAGAAAGGGUAAUGUUUUAAGUUGGGAGCAAUUCAGGAGCGACAUUCGAGGCACAGUUAAGGUUCAUGAGCCUUCUUUGUGUAGAGCCCCAUAAAGUUUGAACCAC